CCCCCUUUCCUUGCCCCGUCCGAUCGCUGUGGCCCAUUCCCACGAGAAGGCCGGCUGAGAGCUCGCACACGCGCGCCAAGCAUGCCCGAGUCCCUGGCCACCGAGGUUUUGUGCCCCCUGCCGAUCAAGGUCGGCUUGGCCCUGCCAGUCCGAGUACCCCCAGGCGCCGACCGGGCAGCCAACACACCCGACGCCUCGGCCAUACCACAGGCACUGGUUCUCCGCUUGGAGCUGGCCAUGGACCAGGGGCAGCCGGUGCUGGCAACCUUGCGAGCGGUCCUACGUGACCGCUGUGCCGGGCUCUUUGCUCCGGGUGUGGCCGAUUCGCGUGUUUGCCAACUGGCGGAUGCUUGGUUCGAGCGCGCCGCCCCGAUUCUCAUCCAAACGGUCCAGCAGACCCACCUGCGGUUCGCACGCCAGGCCGCUGCAGGCCAGUGUCCAAGCGACCUGCGUGGUGCCGCACUCGCGCCCGGAUCCACCCCGGCCGAUCCCGACCCCACCUCGCAGCCGACGACCCCCCUGUCGCACGCGCAAUCCACCACACCUCCUGAAGUGGCUGCCUCCAGCCCGAACGCCACUCGGCGAGAUGAUACUCCCGUCAUGGCUGCGCGAGCCUUUUGCCGGCUGAUGGCCCUCCCGGCCUUGGCUCCGGCGGUCUUGGCGCUGAUGGACCAACUUUCCCUCGGGCAUCUUGACCAGCUGUCCGCGACUGAUAGCGCGGCUUCCAUGGCCAGGAGCGACGCCGAAGCGCGCAGCCGCGAGUUCGACCCGGCCAAUGUGUCGGUCGUGUGGGACUUGCUUAAGACCCAGCAGACCCUUCUGCAGUCACAACUGGAGCAAGACACCUUGGCCCGGGGGCGGAUCUUCCGCCGGCAGGUGGUGCAGGCAUACGAUCUGGCCCGACAGCUGAUGCCCGAGGACUUGCUCAUCCUGUCGGAGAACCUCUUCGACAUGGAUGCCCUGUCAGCAUCGGGCCUGAUGCCAUCCGACUCGACACCCAACCUCCUGGCCACUGGUGAUGUGCCGGCCCGAUCGCCGCGCGAGGGCUCAGCCCCGACCCCGGGUGCCACUCCGGCCGCCGUCCACGACGCGCCGAUGCUGCAGCUGACCGACCUCGGCAUUGAGCCAGAUCGCGCACGAGCCGCCCUUCGCCUGGCCCAGGGGAAUGUGACCGACGCCAUCUCGCUGCUCUUUGACCGUCCCCACCUGGUGGACAAAGAGCUCCAGGAAUCCAGCACCUCGGGAUCCUCCCAAUCCUCCGUAUUUGGCCAGAUUGCCUCCAGCGAGUCGAUCACCACACUGGCAGCCACGGCACGGCAAUCACUCGCCGGGGCCUUUGGGCGCCUGUCCUCCGGGAGCUUCACCAACCGGCAGCGCUCCUCCUCGCUGUCGGAAUCCAGCAGCUCGGCAUCCCUGUCGGGCGUCGUGUCGCCAUCGACCCCGACCCCGGCGCCUGCCACCCCGGCCGAAUCCUCUCGGAGCUCCAUGUCCCUCAGCCGACGGGCUCUCUCCAGCCUCCAGCGGACAGUCGACCCGGCAGCCAGUCCGGCAAGUCGGACUGGACCGGCCCGGUCGCCUCCCUCCGCCGCGGAGUAUGUCCUCGGUGAGUGGAAUCUCAAGCUGGCCUCCCCCGGGGGGACUAACGCCACUGGUGCCGGGUCUGCUGGCCAGCACCACGUUCGCGUGCGCCUCCUCUCCAAGGACCCGGCCUUGGUCGAGCACUAUUGCCAGGCACAUCAACGCCAUGCGGCUUCCAUACGGGCUCCCCGGCCGGGCGAGGUGGCCGAGCGCAUGUCACUCUUCGGGGAAAAGGGUGCUCGUUUCGCGGUGCGCCUGUCAGAUGCCUUCGCCGGUCCUGACCCGGAUUUCACCCGAGCCACUCAAGCCUCGCCCGUGGCCGAGUUGCUUCUCCAGCCGCCAGGCAGUCAGUGGACUGCCGCGGUCGAGGCUCUCCGCCGGCAGCCCCGCUCGCCAGAAGUCGGGAUUGUCACUACCCGACACUCGAACCUCCCCUUCUGCCAUGUGGGGCUGCAUAUCCUGGCACCGGAGGCCACCCCCUCGGGCAUUCUCUCGCUUUUUCGGUCGGCCAUCCUCGAGGCAUGUCGCCAUGGCGCCAGCCGGGUAUCGGCCCCGGUCAUCAUCCAUCCGCCGGAAGCAGAAGUUCCCAUCAAGCGCACGUACCUGGCCACAGUCAUGCGCACAGCUCGGGCCGCCAUCCUGGACGGCGUGGCCAAGUUCCACCGGGGGGAUUCGGAGAAGCCCGGGUCGCUGCAAAGCCCCCUGGUGGCCGGCAAGGCUCCAGACCUGGGGUCCAUCGACGCCGGGCUGGCCACCGUUCCGCUGGGCUUCCGGGGGGUGGACUUCUGGGUCAACUUGGAGGCCGCGUCCGCCCUGGUCCCAGGUCCCGGCAGCCUGGAGCGGUAUCUCUUCGAUGCGAUGGAGGAGAUCUUCGGCCAGCCAGCGUCAGUGGCAGCCAGCCAUGGUGGGUGACACAGACAACCGGCCCGCCGCCAUCCGGGGGAGGGGGAUGGACAAUCCCCCUGACCGGUUUGGCUAGUGCCACUCUGUGUGAGAAUAUAGCCUCAUAUGGUGGCCUUCUUCGGGGCAUGCACCAGAGAAAGUCGCAGUGGAGGAGGAGGAU